AUAAAUGGCGAGAAAAUGAAUGAAAAGUGCCGUCUUUGUUUGGAAGCUGUGCAGUGCAACGCAGGGACAUCAAUUGUGAACGAAACAUUUCGCAAGAAGCUAGAAAAUGUGUUCCUGUUUAGCAUAUGCGACGAUGGGCCGCUGCCGGUGCAAGUUUGCCAGAGCUGCGAUACGACGGUGUCCGAGUUUCAUACAUACAGCCAACAGGUACGGGCGAACCAGGAGCUACUCCGCCAGGUAGCGGAAGCGAAUGAAGACCUCGAAAAGGUGAAACUGGAACCUGCUAGGACGGCGCAUGAGUUCUCUACCGACGACGAAGAUGUGCCUCCGAGUCCUGAACGGGUCAUACUGAUGGUGGAGCCAGCAGACGGUGCUGCGAGUGGUGAUUCAUCUGACGAAGGAACGGGGGGUCGGCACAGCGAAAGCACUCCGCUAAGUAGCUCGGGGAAAAGUAAAGCCAAAGACAAACCCGACACCAACAGUCUAGUCAGGCAACAGGAGAAGGAUGAACGGAUAAAAGAGUUCUACACGUUGGAAUGCGAAAUAUGUUCGGCGCGAAUGGAAUCCUUUGCGCAGCUUCAGGAGCACUACCCGCAGGAGCACGGUACGCGGUGCUACAUACGGUGCUGCAAUAAGCAGUUCUUCCACCGCUACACCCUGAUCGAUCACAUCGCCGUUCAUCGGGGCACUAUAAAGUGCGAAUUUUGCCAGAAGAGCUACAAAACACGGCGCUACCUGGCGCUACACAUUGCCAAAAGUCACGGCAGCGAAGCGGACCGACCGUACAAGUGCCAAAAGUGUGGCGUCGGCUACCCAAAGCGGUAUCUCUUGCGGGCCCACGAAAUGUUGCACGUGCAGGAGGAGUGCCCGGUUUGCAAAAAAGUUCUUUCCAGCCAUCACGCGUUGAAGGUCCACGUGGCACAGAUGCACAGCAACGACGCAAACCAGAUAUGUGCCACGUGUGGGAAGAUGUUUCGCACGAAGGUAGCGAUGGAGCGCCACAUGAAGGAGCACCUGGGAUUGGAUUUGGUCGAGAAAAUGCAAUGUCUGUUCUGCCAAAAGUGGUUCAACGGCAAGUACAAUCUGAAAAAGCAUAUGCGCUACCUGCACUACGAGGAAGGGCAAGUGUUCCGGUGCGAAGUCUGUCAGCACGAAAGCCCCAACAGCCGCGCCCUGGCGUACCACAAGCAGCGUGUGCACGUAGAGGAAAAGCACGAGUGCGAGUACUGCGGAAAGCGGUUCAAACGGAGACUGUACCUUCGAGAGCACAUCGCAUCGCACACGGGAAAACCGCUCUACACGUGCGAUAUUUGCGGCGUUCAGUUCAACUCACAUGCCAAUCAUUUCACGCACCGGAAAAACAAGCAUCCCAUCGAGUGGGAAACUCAAAAGCGUUUGCGAUCCAUACGGGAAAAGGGCAGAUCAGAUGAUCAACCCCUCGUCACAUAAAUGACUCUCAAGGGCAUCGCUUCGUUGGCUAGAAGCCGAAUUCCUCCACCGUACUUAUAGUAUUAGUU